AUGAAUGGCAAAGGAUUAUUCAGUGACUCAGAACCAAACGGGAUACGAACAUGUGACUGGCACGCAGAUGUCAAGUGGUACGACGCCUCCGAUGUCCUGGACAACCCAUUUGACCAGGAAGACGACGGCUACGGGGCUGAUAGCGAAGACACAGACGACGACGAUACCGACUUUGAUGUGUCCAUCACCACAUUUCCUUACCCUUGGUUGUCGAAAUUGGUAGUCACUCACAACCAGAAGCCUGCAGCGAUCAUCCACAAGAAACCUGUUGAGAUGACGAUGAUGUACCAAGGUAGGCCUGUGGCUUUGUUUUAUCGCAGAUUCAGCUCUAUUCUCGAAGAGAUGACAAACGACUUGACUUUCACUACCACCCCAAAAAAGGAGGCUCGACAGCCACUGUUAUUGUCAGUUACUCCCCAUACUCCGUCAGCACACACAGCAGCCGAAUAUUCCAUGCCGACGACAACAGCCGAGCACUCUGGACUGAUCAAGAUUGACGAUACCCACGACUCUAACAACUCAGACUGGUACUCCCCGCCGGAACCUCUAGAGCAAAUCUCUCAAGUCGUUCCUUUCGAGUAUCACAACAACGGCUACUACUCGUACGCUACUCCUGACACACCAUGUCCUGCAUCACCAUAUGUGACCUGUUCGAGCGACUUUGGAUCACUUGAGGAAUGCUCUCGAGUAUUCCCUCUAGAGCAUCGCGUAGACAAGUACUGCGACACCCCUGGUGAACCAUCUCCUACGUUACCAUGUGUCAUCGAUUCAAGUGAUGACGAUUACCCUGAGUCUGUGAUUUCUCUUAGCUCAGGAGACGAUUCUGUCAUCUGCCUGAGUUCUGAUGAUGACGCCUCCGACUGUGACUCUGUCAUCUCACUCAGCUCUACAGAGUCUGACUCUGUUAUCUUUGUAGGUGCCUCUACUUUGAAACGACCCAGAGAGGAGCCGAAAAAAUCAAAACCACAAGAGAGGGGCCCUAAAAGGAUCAGAUAUGAUCCUGCCUUGGAAGAAAGUACACUUCAGGCAUAUGUUUCACCUGGUAAUAGUCAGCGCACAUACUAUGCCGUCAAAUAUUCUAGGCACCCUGGGGUGUUCACUGACUUCAAUGUCGCGCUUAACCACUCCACCAGACCCGAAGAUGUUCAUAGGUUUGACGAUCUUCAAGAUGCUGCGUAUUUCUUGGAAAGCAGACCGAAAUUCUUCGAGGCCACCCAACGCCAACACUUGAACAUACGUGGCAGACCUGUCUUCGAGGUAUUCAGUGACGGGUCCAGUAAGGUGGAUUCUGAUGGGAAACAGUGGGGUGGUUUUGGGGUAUGGUUUGGCCAUUACCAUCCAGACAAUGUGGCUGGACCAUUGACGGGUGAUCUCCAGGAUCCCCUACAAGGAGAGCUUCGAGGUCUACUUGAGGCGUACAAGGUACUCUAUAACAGGCAUGACGAUCUCCUGUAUACAAUCUACUGUGAUUGCUAUGCUGUGGUCCAGAAACUUAACGCAGGGAAGAGCUUUCCACGCAAGUAUCACACCAUCGUGACAAGCAUCCAACUGUAUAAGCAGUUGCUGGGCAUGAAAGUGAUGCUCCGGCAUAUCGUGGGGCAUUGCGGUCACCCUGGAAACGAACGGGCAGACAUUUUGGCAAAGAUGGGAAGAGUCCGAAGAGAUGGUCGUAUCUCAUGCAUGAAUGCAGUCAUGGAGGACAGAUACAGGAGGACCAUUGGUGAAGACUCGGCGUAUCCAUUCAAUGGAGUCAAGUUGGACUACCUCUUGGACAGAAGAGAUUGGCCACAAAAGAUGGGAGCGCAGAAGAGGAGAGCUUAG